AUGGGGUGCCACGCAGGGCUGGUCAACACAGGUGUGAAGAGUGAUGAGGGUUUGAGGAGCACAGCAACUGGACAGAGGAGGGCUCGAGUCUGCUGCUCCUGCCCUGUGCUCCUCCAGCUGUAUAGGAACAUAAGGCACCUCCCCAGGAGCCUGGGCAUUGUUGACAUUCCUGAAGUUUCACUUUUUUUUUUAUCUUCUAGUUAUGAGAAACCUCCUCCUGGACUUAUCAAGGAAGACGAGACUAAGCCGGAAGACUGUAUACCGGAUGUCCCAGGCAAUGAGCAUGCCAGGGAGUUUCUUGCUCACGCGCCAACUAAAGGACUGUGGAUGCCCCUGGGGAAAGAAGUCAAGGUUAUGCAGUGUUGGCGUUGCAAACGGUAUGGUCACCGAACAGGCGACAAAGAAUGCCCUUUCUUUAUCAAAGGCAACCAAAAGUUAGAGCAGUUCAGAGUAGCACAUGAAGACCCCAUGUAUGACAUCAUUCGGGAGAAUAAAAGGCAUGAGAAAGAUGUGAGGAUACAGCAGUUAAAGCAGUUGCUGGAGGAUUCCACCUCAGAUGAGGAUGGGAGCAGCUCCAGCUCCUCUGAGUGUAAAGAGAAGCACAAGAAAAAGAAGAAAAAGGAAAAACAUAAAAAAAGGAAGAAAGAGAAGAAAAAGAAGAAAAAACAGAAGCAUAAGUCUUCCAAGUCAAGUUCAAGUUCAGACUCGGAAUGAUGGGGGUCCUCAAGCACUGGAAGAGCAGAGGAAGAUGGGAUGAAAGUCAGGAUAUAGACCCAGAGGGGCCGUCAUCACAUUGUGGAUGCUCAUCCCUUCCCAUGGCCAGCUGACUCCCAGCAGGGUGGGUUGUCUUCCCAGGUGCUGCCUGGGGCUGGGCCAGUUCCAGGCAGGAGAGUGGCUUGGGUGUCUUCCCUGUUGGUCCCUGGAGUUGGUGCCUGUGGAAUGCUCAGGGCAUGGGACAAAGGAGCUGCCCCCAGCCUUGCCCGCCAUCCUGGGCAGCUCAGUGCCCACAAGCCUCGGGCUGGACCCUUCUGCUGUUGAGGGUAAUAAAAGUUCAUGAUUUAUUUUUUAAA